CCCCCACCCCCAGUCCCCGAAUUCCCUAGUGUCCGCCGAGGCACACACCCGUACCCCGCCUCUCCAGUGGGCUGGCUUGAACGCUCCUCCCACCACAGUGGGCUCGUCCUCGCCGCCUCCCCACCCCCGCGUCAACUGAAGGAGGCUCGCCUAUAGCCAGUUCCUGGGCGGUUGCUCCGACCGACCGGAACUCCCCGCCCCCUCCCGCGGCCCCGGGGCCGUAGGAGGCUGCAGUCAGGAGGCACUGAAUUGGGCUCUUUGACGGGCAUCAUUUCUUAAUCCUCAGCACAUCCCAGGGAGUUGCACAGAGUCCCAUUUCCUCGGCCAUGAGUGAGUUGAAGGACUGCCCGUUGCAGUUCCAUGACUUCAAGUCUGUGGACCACCUGAAGGUCUGUCCCCGCUACACGGCAGUGCUGGCCCGCUCUGAGGAUGAUGGCGUUGGCAUCGAGGAGCUGGACACCCUGCAGCUGGAGCUUGAGACCCUGCUCUCUUCCGCCAGCCGGCGCCUGCGUGUGCUUGAGGCUGAAACCCAGAUCCUCACUGACUGGCAAGAUAAAAAAGGUGACCGAAGAUUCCUGAAGCUGGGUCGAGACCAUGAACUUGGAGCUCCCCCCAAGCAUGGGAAGCCCAAGAAGCCGAAGCUGGAAGGGAAGGCAGGACAUGGGCCAGGCCCUGGCCCUGGGCGGCCCAAAUCCAAAAACCUUCAGCCCAAGAUCCAGGAAUAUGAAUUCACUGAUGACCCCAUUGAUGUGCCACGGAUCCCCAAGAAUGAUGCCCCCAACAGGUUCUGGGCUUCGGUGGAGCCCUACUGUGCCGACAUCACCAGUGAGGAGGUGCGCACACUAGAGGAGCUGCUGAAACCCCCAGAAGAUGAGGCUGAACAUUAUAAGAUCCCACCUCUGGGGAAGCACUACUCCCAGCGCUGGGCCCAGGAGGAUCUGCUGGAGGAGCAGAAGGAUGGGGCCCGGGCAGCGGCUGUGGCUGACAAGAAGAAAGGCCUCAUGGGGCCACUGACUGAACUAGACACUAAAGAUGUAGAUGCCCUGCUGAAGAAGUCUGAGGCCCAGCAUGAGCAGCCAGAAGAUGGGUGCCCCUUUGGUGCCCUGACACAGCGCCUCCUGCAGGCCCUUGUGGAGGAAAAUAUUAUUUCCCCUAUGGAAGAUUCUCCCAUUCCUGACAUGUCUGGAAAAGAAUCGGGGGCUGACGGGGCGAGCACCUCUCCCCGCAAUCAGAACAAGCCCUUCAGCGUGCCGCAUACUAAGUCCCUGGAGAGCCGCAUCAAGGAGGAGCUGAUUGCCCAGGGCCUUUUGGAGUCUGAGGAUCGCCCUGCAGAGGAUUCAGAGGAUGAGGUCCUUGCUGAGCUGCGUAAACGGCAGGCCGAGCUGAAGGCCCUGAGUGCCCACAACCGCACCAAGAAACAUGAUCUCCUGAGGCUGGCAAAGGAGGAGGUAAGUCGGCAGGAGCUGAGGCAGCGGGUCCGCAUGGCAGACAAUGAGGUCAUGGACGCCUUUCGCAAGAUCAUGGCUGCCCGGCAGAAGAAGCGUACUCCCACCAAGAAGGAGAAGGACCAGGCCUGGAAGACUCUGAAGGAGCGUGAGAGCAUCCUGAAGCUGCUGGAUGGAUAACCUUCACCCCUGCCUUCCUUGGCCUGGGGGGGAGGCUCGCUUCCUUCUUUGGGCACCGGAAGCUUUGGCCUAUGGCAGCCUGUCAAAUAGUGACAGUCUCUAGAGGACUGUGGCCCUCCCCUGAGGUCUUUUGGCCCAGCUCUGUAUAGCCAGGACACAGGAAGCCCUGCUGGGCUGGCCUGGGGCCCAAUCUAUGCUUGGUUCCCCAUUUGAGGGGGGGCUUCAUUUCUGGGUUUUCUUGCCCUCUUUACCACCCCCCUCUUCCUCAAACUCCCCUCCCCAUACACCUCUCUCCCCCUCAAGGACUUCUCCCUUGUGGUUUUGUAAAGUACAAACUUAAGAAUAAAGUGACAGCUGUGGUUUUU